ACCUUGUGCACGCAAGCGUAGAUCUUGUUUCCCAAGCUCUCAAUGAACCAGAUAUUAUGACUCAUUAGCCAGAGAUGUUCAGGCGUCCGGAUUUUCCGCGAUGGGUGAGAGUCACGUCUGGGGGAAACUACCGAACGGUUGUGAGGUAUAAAGGACUGCGAACGCAUCAGACGGCAUUCAGUCCUCACAAGGGAAGACGAAGAAUAAGUUCUCAUCCGACUCUGCUAUAAGCAAAAUGAAGAGACUUCUGAUCGUCUGCUGUCUGACAGCUGUUGCCUUUGCACAGGAUAAAAAUGCAGGAAAUAAGCGAUUCUUUGGAGGAUUAAGCCAAGGUUUUGGUGGUGUUGAUCCAGGAUUUGGAGGUGGUUUUGGAGGUGGAAUUAGCCCAGGAUUUGGAGGAGGAUUCGGAGGAGUUUCCAACACCUGCAGACGUUGGUGCCGAACUCCCGAGGGACAGGCAUACUGCUGCGAGAGCAACAAUGAGCCUGACACCCUUCCCUUCGUGAAGCCAGGUGUAUGCCCUCCCGUUCGCCCUCAGUGCCCACCUGUCAGGAGCUUCGCUCCUCCUCAGACAUGCUCCAACGACAGCAAGUGCGGAGGCGUAGACAAGUGCUGCUACGACAGGUGUCUUGAGGAACACGUGUGCAAACCCCCUGUUGGGUCUUCCGGCUUGGUAGGAUUCGGAUUUCGUAGAUAAUCCUUGGCCUUAUUUUGAAAGAGCGUCGUUUUACAUUAUAAUACAAUCCUUUAUUCUUUUUGAUUUUAUGCGACCUAAAAAGAUCCGAUAAUAAAUAUAUAUUUUCUAUAAAGAA